UGACGGAUGACUGAUUACAAUAUGAUAUAAAGAAAUUCAUCACGACCAAGUCAGGACAGAUGCGUGUGGAUGAACUACAACAGGAAAUUGAUGAACUAGCAAUAAAGCUAAAACAGACAAUCGAUAAAAUGAUGCCAGCACAGCAGCAGAUGCAUGAGGCUAGAGUGGCCGCAUUAAAACAAGCAAGUAUGUCAACAUGUUGCGAUAUAUAUUAUAUGACCACAAACUCACCCCCUUUUUUUUUUUUUUAAAAAAAAAAAUAGAAGCAGUCAAAGUGGCCACAGCUGCAGCGAAUAACAAUGGAUUUAUCGACGUCGAUGCACUUGAGCCUGAUGAAGAGCUUGAGCCCAAAUUUAAAUACACAGAUGAAGUCCGUCAGAUACUUUAUGACAUUAUGAAGGCAGACGAACAAUCCACUUUAAUCAGUAACCUUAUUACACAAUACCGAAAUGGAGCAAAUAACACAAAGGAUGCGGAGAAACUGGUGGCAGAAGGAAAGGCCAGAAAGCUGAUGUAUCAACGAUUACUAUCAUGCUGGCCAGAUGGCUGGAUGAACACAUAUGAAAUUAGUCGGCAAUACAACUUGUAUAAAAAUAAAAUAGCAGGAUCACAGAACGGUGAAGGAAAGAAGCGCAGAAAGCCUAGUGACGAUCAUACACAUCGUAAAAAAGCUCGUGAAGAUGAACCUAAAGAAGAACAUCAUACACCUAAAGGAGCAGCUAGUAAUUCACCCAUGAAAGUCGAAUCACUUGUCAAUGUGAUAUAAUGUUCCUCCUCCUCGGAAACAGAAUGAAUAAAUACUUUAUUUGGAUCAAAGUAGGUCCUACAUAUACAUGUAUACAUACUCACACAUUAAAAAUGUUGUAAAUGUACAAAAACCUAUUACGAAAAAAAAAACGAAUUUGGUGAAAAUUUUAAUCGUGUGAGUGCUAUCCUUGUCUAUUUAAAUAAGAUGAUUGUCAUGGCGCAUAUACAACAUUCUCUUCCUCUCAUCAACUGUUUACUGGAAUCAUUCUACAAGUUAUACUAUUGAUCUAUUUAGUCAUUUGGUUUUAUUCACUAUGGAUUUUUGAAAGCAAAUAGUAACAACAACAA